CUAAUUUGAUGGGUGUUUCUAGCAUGAUGUUUAUAUUUAGUAAUAUGAAACAUCUAUAUAUUCUAAUAUGGUCAUAAAGAUCUCAAGUGUUUGAUAUAUUCUUCUUGUCGCAAAAACCAAAAAUGAAUAGGUGCGGCUCUCAGCAAACCACCUUGGUUGGUUCUGUUGGCGUUGUUUGCCCUAAGCCUCACCGGCUUGGGUUCUUCAAUUCUUCCUAUGUUCCCGCCGACGAACCCAUCGGAGGAACUGAACUUCUGGAUAUAAUCCUUACCAAGGGGAGCUAUGAUGUGGAGACAACCAAUUUUGAGCUAGCUUCAUCUUCGCCGUUCUUUUUCGGGUCUCCGCCCACCAGGCCUUCGAAUCCCCUGAUUCAGGAUGCUCAAUUCAGCAACAAUAACAAUAGCUUUGUUCCUAUACUAGCAAUUCCAGAAGGAGCAGCUGCACCUUCACCACCACCCUCCGCCGCCGCUCGUAGGAACAAGCAAGCUGCUGUGAGGAUUGAAGGCUUCAAUUGCUGCAGCAGCAUCUCUGCUGUAGCUUAGGUAAAUUCUGUCGCAGAGAUGAUGAGAAAACAACCACAACAAAGUAAAAGACGUAAAAAUUUGAGAUUUUUGGGUAAAUUUUGGCCUUGUACAUAUAGAGUGAAAGAAAAUGAGUUAUAUUUUCCAGUCAUUCGAAUCCUGUUUGUGAAUAUGUUUAUUAGGUGAUGAAUGAGUGUUCAUUUGAUAUCGGAAAAAUAAGUAGUAAACUGAGUAACCCAAAGAGGAGAGAUAGGCCAAUUGAUUGUCCUCUUUCCAUUGGGAUUAAUUAGGGUUCUUUUUUAGAAUUAGGCCAAGUUAUGAGUUGAGUAUGUAAUGUAGUGUGAGAGUCUCAAAAGAGAGACUUAUUCUUUGCUACUGAAAAAGUUUGUCACUCUAUCCCAGUCAUUUGUAAUUGUAAUCCGAAGGUCGAAGUAGAGCAGAAGAUAGUCUUAUUAGACAAAUUUUAUUCAUAUUGUGUUUAUUCUA